GUUUCCUCGGCCUGAUCCCCUCAGAAGGGCUCGGAGCCUCGGACUCUGCAGCCACGGCUGGAGCCCAGACCUCCCCACUGGGCUGAGCCAGGCCCGGGAAGGACCCAGGUGUCCCCUGCUUCCUGCAGCUCAGCUUGAAGCCACCAGAGGGCUCCUCCCCCAUGGAUUCCCAAACUUUUCUCCAAAAUGCCUUUCACUUUCGAUCUCCGAUGUCGGGGCCCAGACCUGCCCCGGGCCUUCCCGGCCUGGACGGGGACCCUGGGCCCGGCAGCGGCAUGAGGGGCCCCAACUCAAGAUGACCGGCCCGGCCCCAGCCUGGCCCCUCACUGCCUCCCUCCUGCUGCUCCUGCUGCCCCCGGCCUUCGCAGAUCCCUGCUCCUUCCCCGACAGCCCCAUCAGCUCCACCUUCCCCGGGGCCAUCAGCACCUUGUCGGACUUCAUGCUCCGGGAUUACCCAGUCGAUGUCCCAGAGAAUCUCCGGGCGGACGAGCGGUGCUGGGCCCUGUGGCACUUGGCCGUGGCGAAGGAAACCCUGGACCGCCUGAAGCUGGUGGCCGGAAGCAAGGUGCAGGAGCCUCUGGAAGGCCUGUACGCCGAGAUCAACUUUGUGGGUCGAUGCGUCAACCAGUCCUUUCCCAGCUGCCUCCGUUUCCGAAAAGCCAACAUCUCUCACCUCCUGCUGGAGGUCUCCAAACACCUGGGGGCCCUGCAGCCCCUCAUCACUCAGCAGGACUUCGGGCCCUGCCAACAGUAUCGCUGCCAGCCAGAGCCCUCCCUCCCUGUCUCCACGCUCUCCUCCCCCAGCAGUCUCGGGGCCCUGGGGGGCACGCUGAGACCACCCAGGCCCUCCAGCUCGCUUCUGCUGGUCCUGGGGGGGCUGCCGGUAGUCUUGCUGCUGAUCCUGGGGGCAGCUUGGAUAUGGAAGCAAAGAAGGCGGAGACUGCUGAGGUCCUAGAGCUCCCCGAGGGCCCCAGCCCCCCCAGGACCCCCGGACUCUGCUCCCCAGGAUGUGCAGUGGAGGCUGCUGUGAAAGAAGCCGCGGACUCGGGAGGGCCUUGAAGGCCCCACUCGGGAGCCGGGGCCACCUCCUGGAGAACACCCUCCGUAACCAGCCCAAGGCCGGCCUCGUCUCCUUGGACAAGCCCGAGUCCCUCCUCUCUGGGGGGCAGCCCCCCCCGGGGCCCGCAUCCAGCCCCCCUCUGUAAAGCUCUGAGGACUCAGAUAAAACAUUUUCGACUCGUU